CCGACACGUCAUCAUCUCCUACCUAUGUAUUGUGAUUCGCAAUGGAGAUUCAAAUUUUGAAAAUUCAAAUGGCAGAAACACACAGAAACAAAAGCAGAAAAGGAAAAAAAAAAAACAGAGAAAGCUGCUGCGACACAGUACCGCCUUUUACUCUUUAAUAACUAGUUUCUGAAAUUAACAACAGAGAACAGAAACAUCGUAGAACAGAAACCAACAGUAGCCCACUAUUAAACUAAUUAACAAUUAAGGAUUUUUUAAUCUCAUUACUCACUGCAAUAAAUAUCGAAAGCCCCCAUCCUUUUUUGGCUUCAUAAAUUUCAUUUGAAUCUAUCUUAGGGCUACCCUUGUCGGGAAACAGAACCCAUUUUCUAUUUUCUAUUUUAUAAUCAAAAAGAUCGUUUUUUUUUUUAAUCUCGAUUCUUGUCUCUUCUGGGUUUUUCUUAGGGUUUUGAUUCUGAUUGGUGAUUCAGUAUGAGAGAACAAAACCCAUCGGAGAAUAGAGGGAAAACCUCAAAAUUUGCUGAUCAAAACCAGGUUCCGAAGAUGAAAUCUUCUUGGGGUUCUAACAUUGUAAAAGGAUUCUCAGCUUCGGACAAGAAAACCAAAACCAGGGUGCUGCAGACCACAGCUCACAGCAAGAAGCUGCUUCCCCUCAACAACUCCGAUACCGCAAACCAGAAGAAUCAGCUGGCGGUUUCGAAUUCAAGAAUCAAACGAUCCCUCAUUAGUGAUCUCUCGUGCUCAAUAAACGCUACGCAAGUGCAUCCGCAAUCACUUCAGAGCCAAAGCAAGACGAAGCCUUUAGGUUCUUCCGAAGAUUUAUUUCUCGAAAUCGACCAUUUGAGGAACUUGCUGCAAGAAUCCAAGGAUAGGGAGCUGAAUUUGCAAGCGGAGUUGUUGGAGAACAAGAAAAAACCCGAGGUGUCGAAGCUCGAAAGGCAGCUUGAAUUGAAGAAGAGUGAAAUCGAUGACCUUACCAAGAAAGUGGGAUUGCUCGAAAUCGAAAAGGCUAACCUUUCGGGACAAAUUGUGUCGUUGGCUUCCGUAAUGGGGAAGCAAGAUGAGGUAGUUGUAACCGAAAAGCAUGAUCAUUUUAGUAGUGUGGAGAUGGAGGUUGUCGAAUUGAGGCGCCUUAACAAAGAGCUGCAGCUUCAAAAAAGAAAUCUUUCAAGCAGAAUUUCUUCCUUAGAAUCCCAGUUAGCCGCCAUUGCCAAAGUUUCGGAGAGUGAGGUUGUAGAGAAGAUUAAAACAGAGGCUUCUUUGCUAAGGCAUACGAAUGAAGAUCUAUGCAAACAAGUGGAAGGUCUUCAAAUGAGCCGAAUGAACGAAGUUGAAGAGCUAGCAUACCUGAGAUGGGUUAAUUCGUGUUUACGAGACGAGUUACGCAGCUGCUCUGCAACGAAUUCUGAUAAGCAAUCGAGCCCGGAUUCCGUUGACGAAGGAAGGGAAUCUAUUUGCCUUUCACCUUUUCCGACCGACGACGAAGAUUCCAAUGAUGAUACCGCCACAAAGAGGCUGUACCUAAUCAAGAAGUUGAAAAAAUGGCCUAUCACCGAUGAAGACCUGCAACAAAUAAAAUACGAAGACCAUCUUGUCAAUAAUCCUAAUUGGGUUGACCCACAGGGCUUGGGAAGAAGGCACUCUAUUAGUGCAAUAAAUUUUUCACCCGAAGCUCAGAUAUUUAACAAUAAACGGCAAUCGGAUAGUUUUAUAUGUUCGAAAGAAGCAGAGAAGAGGGCUGAAGUUUUAGUUUCUCGUAAAUACGACUUGGAAGUGAGCAAUAGAACCCAUGUUUAUACCGAUUUUCAGGAAGUUUGUAAAAUGACAGCUUCGCUCGAUGUUGAGAAACGGGCUUUGAGAGUCCCUACACCUCCUCCUAGGCCUUCAUGCGCUGGCUUAACUGAACCAAAAGAAGAAACUUUAUCGCCAACUCAUCCACCCCCACCCCCGCCCCCGCCCCCACCCCCUCCUCCGAAAUUAAUGGCUAGGAGCAUAGCUGGAAUGGUGCAACGAGCUCCACAAGUUGUUGAGUUUUACCAUUCCCUCAUGAAAAGGGAGUCUAGAAAAGAGUGCUUAAAUUCAGCUACUACAGAUGUAGCAUCCGAUGUAGCAAAUGUUCGUAGUAGCAUGAUCGGUGAAAUUGAGAACCGGUCGUCUCAUUUGCUUGCGAUAAAGGCGGAUAUUGAGACUCAAGGAGAAUUCGUGAACUCCCUUAUACAAGAGGUCAACAACGCAGUCUACAAAAACAUUGAAGACGUGGUUGCAUUUGUAAAGUGGCUUGACGAUGAACUCUGCUUUCUCGUGGACGAAAGAGCAGUUCUGAAACACUUUGAGUGGCCGGAAAAGAAGGCGGACACAUUAAGAGAGGCGGCAUUUGGGUACCGAGAUCUAAAGAAACUCGAGCAGGAAGUUUUGAACUACAAGGAUGAUCCUCGUCUGCAAUGCGACAUUACAUUAAAGAAAAUGGCAGCUUUAUCCGAGAGGAUGGAGCAUACCGUGCAUAAUAUCAUGCGAACGAGAGAUUCAUUGAUGAGGAACUGCAAAGAAUUCCAUAUUCCGACAGAGUGGAUGCUAGACAUGGGAAUACUAAGCAAGAUAAAAUUCGGGUCUGUGAAACUGGCGAAGAUGUACAUGAAGAGAGUGGCAAUGGAACUCCAGUCCAAGGGAACGUCGGAUAAAGAUUCUUCGUUGGAUUAUAUGUUACUCCAGGGAGUCAGAUUUGCAUUCAGAAUCCAUCAGUUUGCUGGAGGAUUCGAUGCAGAAACGAUGCAUGCGUUUGAGGAGCUUCGAGAUCUUGCUGUUGUUCUCAACAAAACCAGAGACUGAAAAACAAGAAACCAUAUAUAUUGUUAUAUUUGUGUUCUAUAGUCUUGGCUUACCACCUCAGUAAGCAAUUAAUAUUUAUUUCAAAGGACCUAUAGUCUGCAAUAUUUGAGUGGGAGAAAUACCAUUUGAACAAGUGAGUUUUGCUGAAAAUGGAUUAAAAUUUUGGUUUUAA